UGAGGUCACUUGCAAUAUUGAAGUUUCAUUGAGGAGAAACUGUAGUGAGGCAAGCAAGAAACCUUGCUUGAACACAAGAUUCUGCUCCACUGAUAGUUGCAAAAUUACAGUUCAAAUAGUUGGAAGUGAUAGAUGAAGCAGGCCUUCUCAAUAAUGGAAGAGAGAAAGAGCUCAAAAAGUGGAAAUCAUGAUGCAAGAAAAUCUGCCCAUACUGCCUGUGAAAAAAGCAAACCUGUCAGAGUUGCAACCAAUCCAGUUUAUAAAACUAAUAAAAAUGACAAAUCUGGCAAAAAUUCUUCAAGUGGGAGCAGUUCCAAAAAGAAUAAACAAAAUGAUGUUUGCUCUGAAAAGUCAGGAGAAAAUAAAUCAUGUAAGACAUACAGUUGUACUCCUGGAUGUACAAAAAUGGGAUCUGGUAUUCAGGAUCAAAGUCGCUGCAAAGUAGAAAAGUUACCAAAUGUAUCAGAAGCCACAGAAAAUCUACAUCAGUUAAAAAAUCAGCAUACAGAUAAAAAAGCCCUGAGCUCCCAUGUUUCAGAGAAUGGAGCCAUCACAGAAACCUUACCAAUUGCCCAAAGAGGAGGUUCAGAACUGGAAAAUCUGUCAGGAGAAGAUAUAUCCAAAAUUAACAGAUCUGGUGAUUCAGGCGAAAGCAGUGCAGAAUUGAGAGCAGUGGAACGGAAACCAGAAGAUGCCUGUAACACAAAGCCACCUGAUUCUUCUAAAGAAAAUAAUUCAGAGGCUAAAUGCUCAGAAAAUGUAGCAACUGGUGAAUCAACAUUAAUAGCAGAACAGGAACUUGGCUUGAAACAAGCAGAAGAACGACUGGAAAGAGAUUAUAUUAUCCGUUUGGAAAAACGCUCUCCAGAGUAUGCUAAUUGCCAAUACCUAUGCAAGCUGUGCUUAGUUCACAUUGAAAAUAUCCAGGGAGCUCAUAAACAUAUUAAAGAAAAACGUCACAAAAAGAAUAUCAUGGAAAAGCAAGAAGAAAAUGAAUUGCGUGCCCUUCCUCCUCCUUCCCCUGCACAAGUGGCAGCCUUGAGUUUUAUGCUGAUGGAAGCAGCAAAGGAGCAAGGAAUAUCAGAUGAUGAUUUCAAAAUCCGUCAAGAAAUUGUAUGUGAUAUGGAGAAGAUAAUUCAGCAGCACUUGCCAGAAUGUUCAUUGCGGCUAUAUGGAUCCUGCCUAACUAGAUUUGCUUUUAAAACCAGUGAUGUUAAUAUUGAUAUAAAAUUUCCCUCCACGAUGACUCAUCCAGAUGUUCUGAUACAAGCACUUGAAAUUUUAAAAAACAUUGCUUCUUACUCAGAUGUGGAAUCAGAUUUCCAUGCCAAAGUUCCUGUUAUUUUUUGUAAAGAUAAUAAAAGUGGUUUAACUUGCAAAGUUAGUGCUGGAAAUGAUGUGGCCUGCCUUACGACUGACCUACUAGCUGCACUCGGCAAACUAGAACCAGUUCUUGUUCCUUUGGUGUUGGCUUUUCGCUACUGGGCUAGAUUGUGCCAUAUUGACUGUCAAGCAGAAGGUGGCAUCCCUUCAUAUUCUUUUGCCUUAAUGGUGAUAUUUUUUCUUCAACAAAGAGAACCACGCAUACUACCAUCAUAUUUAGGCAAUUGGAUUGAAGGCUUUGAUUCUAAAAAGACUGAUGACUACCAAUUGAAAGGAAUAAAAGAUGAAAAGUUUGUAGUGUGGGAGUACAAACCUUCAAACAGUGGAGGGAAAAAUGCGAGUGCUGCCGAAGGAAAAGCUAAAGGUGAACAGCACAGUGGUGACAAGAAUGCAUCAGCUGUAGAAGCAGACUCCCAGCAUAAUGUAAAGGAGAAAAAUGGCAGUUCUCCCUUAGCAUUGGAAGAACCUCACCAGAUAUCAUUGGGACAUCUGUGGCUAGAAUUGCUGAAGUUUUAUACACUGGAAUUUGCUUUGGAAGAAUACGUUAUCAGCAUACGGGUACAAGAACUUUUAACCAGAGAGAACAAAACCUGGCCUAAAAGGCGAAUAGCCAUUGAAGAUCCUUUUUCACUAAAAAGAAAUGUUGCACGGAGCCUGAACAGCCAAAUGGUAUUUGAGUACAUACUUGAGAGGUUCAGGACAGCAUAUAAAUAUUUUGCCUGUCCACAGAAUAAAGAUGGAAGUAAGCUCAAACCAGACACCAAGAAAAAGGAAAAGGGGAAAUUUGGUGGCAAAAAACCUGGAGAACCUGUAGCCAAUUGUUCCCUCCCACAACAGGCCAACCUUGCAGAGAAGCAGAAUGCAGGAUGUGCAGAUACUAUACCAGAUUGUGAGUUAAAUGAAUGUAGUGAAAUAGAACCAACAUCCAGGAAACAUACUUCUGAAAACUCAAAUAGUUCGCUGGUAAAAACACCAGAACUUCUAAAUACAAACUGUGACAGUAGAGAGGAAACUGUAUCCCUUAUUGCUAACGAAUGCUGUGAAUUGGAACACAAGUCACUUGAGGCAAAGAAUGAUCAAGAACCUACAACUGAAGAAAAUUGUGUUUUUAGUGAACAUAGAUCCUUUGAUGCCGAUUCUGUUAGUGAACUUACUGACACUGAAAACAGACAGAGUUCAGUAACUGAAUAUCCACAAACAGAUGUGUGCUCAGGCACUAGCACAUCAGCUACCUCGCAAAACUGCAAAGCAGUAGGAGAAAUUCAAGACACUAAUGAUGAAAUCGCCACGGAAGAUAUGCAUUAUGUGUUUGAUAAAUUUAUUUUGACUUCUGGAAAGCCUCCAACAAUAGUAUGCAGUAUCUGCAAAAGAGAUGGCCAUUCCAAAAAUGACUGCCCGGAAGAUUUUAAGAAAAUUGAUCUAAAACCACUACCACCAAUGACAAGUAGAUUUAGAGAAAUACUUGAUCUAGUGUGUAAAAAGUGCUUUGAUGAAUUGUCGCCACCUUUCUCAGAGCAACAAAACCGAGAGCAAAUUUUGGCAAGUUUGGAAAGAUUUAUUCGGAAAGAAUAUAAUGACAAGGCCAGGCUAUGCCUGUUUGGCUCUUCAAAGAAUGGUUUUGGGUUCCGUGACAGUGACCUGGAUAUUUGCAUGACUCUGGAGGGCCAUGAAAAUGCAGAGAAAUUAAAUUGUAAGGAAAUCAUUGAAAAUUUGGCAAAGGUUCUUAAAAGGCAUCCAGGUUUAAGAAACAUCCUGCCUAUAACUACAGCCAAAGUGCCUAUAGUAAAAUUUGAACACAGACGAAGUGGCUUAGAAGGAGAUAUCAGUUUAUACAAUACACUGGCACAGCACAAUACAAGGAUGCUUGCAACAUAUGCAGCCAUUGAUCCAAGAGUGCAAUACUUAGGAUAUACAAUGAAAGUUUUUGCAAAGCGCUGUGAUAUUGGAGAUGCAUCCAGAGGGAGUCUCUCUUCAUAUGCCUAUAUCCUGAUGGUGUUAUACUUCCUACAACAAAGAGAACCACCUGUAAUCCCCGUCCUUCAAGAGAUAUUUGACGGACAGCAGAUCCCUCAGAGAAUGGUUGAUGGGUGGAAUGCUUUCUUCUUUGAUGAUACCGAAGAACUGAAAAAACGACUGCCUUCUCUUGGGAAAAACACAGAAUCACUGGGAGAACUCUGGUUAGGGUUACUGCGAUUUUACACUGAAGAAUUUGACUUCAAGGAGUAUGUCAUCAGUAUUCGGCAGAAGAAACUGUUGACUACAUUUGAGAAACAGUGGACAUCCAAAUGUAUUGCUAUUGAAGAUCCUUUUGACUUGAAUCAUAACUUGGGUGCAGGAGUUUCUCGAAAAAUGACCAAUUUCAUAAUGAAGGCAUUAAUCAAUGGGAGAAAACUAUUUGGUACUCCUUUCUGUCCAGUCUUGGGAAGAGAAGCUGAGUAUUUUUUUAACUCAAAAGUAUUGACUGAUGGAGAAUUGGCACCCAAUGACAGAUGUUGCCGUGUCUGUGGCAAAAUUGGUCACUACAUGAAGGACUGCCCCAAAAGGAAGAGAUUGAAGAAAAGGGAGAAUGAGAGAGAAGAUGAAAAAGAAGUAAAGGAGGAAGACAGGGAGACAAGAGAAAAGAGAUGUUUUAUCUGUGGUGACGUGGGACAUGUUCGAAGGGACUGUCCCGAAUUCAAACAGACAAGACAAAGAAGUAAUGGCAUUCAAGCUGCUCAGUUAGUACGAAGUCUUGUCAGCGCACAGCCAAUAACUGCAUCAAUUCCGCAGCAAGUGGAAAGGCCUUUACGUACUAGGCAGCCAUCAGAAUGUUCUGAUUCACAUCCGUCAUCUUACUCUCCUCAGCCUCAGCCAUUUACCCAGAAUUCCUCUCCACCAGCCUCCAUUACCCAGACUCAGCCACAGCCAAUAGCCCCGUCUAAUCAUGUCCUGCAGCCCCAGCCGGGGACCCAGGUCCAGCUGCCUUUGUUUAACUUUGCCCAAUCUCCCCCAGGUCAGUAUCCCAACUUGCCUAACCUGGGACUGUUUCAGAUGCAUCACCACCAAAUCCAACUCCCUAACACCUCGUGGCCUGUCAUUCACUCUGCACCGGGUAAUUCUUCUCACGCUACAAACGUUCCUUUCCCUGUGAGGGCUGGCAGUAGCAACUCACCCAAUAAUCAGAGCAGUCUAAGCUUGAACGAUCCCAGUAUCAUCUUUGCACAGCCUGCUGCCAGGCCGGUAGGAAUCCCCAGCAAUUCUCCUGAGGGACACUGGCACAACUCUGUGACUCUAAACUCACUGGUGAACAAUGGCACGGUGGGGAAUGCAGAUCAGGCCUUCCAAGGACAGUUUGGUAAAACGAAUCCUCCUGGUGCUGCUGCUGUUCCUUGGGACCAUGGAUCCCCUGCCCAUUUUCCUCUGCUUCGAGGGACGUGGCCUUACAGUAUGUCUCCGAACUACGUGCAGCAGGGAAAUGCCAGCUAUUCACUGAACAAACCUUUCUACCCCCAAGCUGGGUUACUGGUGCAGAACAACCAGCAGUUUUCACUUCUGUCUCAAGGCCACCCACACUUGAACGUGAAUUUUAUUCAGCAGAAAAAAUGAAGUUUGAAUAAAGGGAUGGGAAGAAAUCAGGUUACGGAUAAAAUCUUAUUGCAACAUGUUUAGAUAAGAGAUUAUUUAAAAUUGUUUUUAACUGUAUCAUUUGUACAUAGAUAUAAAAUAUAGUUUUUACCAAUGUCACAAGAAUAAGUGAUAAAUGUCAUCUAUUUUAUUACCCUAUUUUUAAGGGGAACUUUAUUUUAUUUUAUCUUGAUAAACUGUAAAGAGAGUUUUUAAAAUUAAGUUGUUUAUUUUCUAUUAGCUUUAUUCAUACUUUUGUUCAGACUUUAUAUCUAUUCUAAAAAGAGACUAGAAAGGGAUUUCAUGUGUUAAAGAUUGUCAUUUCUUUACAGAACAAUGUAGUGCCAAAAACUUUUUAAAAGGAAAAAAAAUAAGUUUCAAAAUUAGAAAUCAAAAUAAAGAUGAUUUUU